AUGUGGCCGAUCUUGAGGCUCCGCCCCGGCCUGAACCACAACUUCACGGUGCUGCAGCAUGCCCACCUUUGCCAGAGGCUUUUCCAGCUCAAGGUUGACGAGGUCGGCAGGGUCGAGAGGACUAGCAAGUCUCUGUUCGGGUUGCCAGUGGGGGUGGUCCCUCAUGACGAGCCACAGCACAUCCGCGACACCACUGAAGAAGAGCUGGCGUACAUUGCCACCAGGGCAGAGGAGGCAGCACUUGCCGAGGAGGCCGGUAGCCUCGGCACUAUGGAGGACGAGGCCGACGUGGCCGCAGAAGAGAGGGAGUUUGCCGAGUGGACGGGGUCUACCGGGGAACCCAGCGGCGUCGGCGCUGGGGUUCCCCUUGUCGAAGAAGUGGUCGAGGAGUCGGCCGAAGAGGAGACCGAGGCAGAUGUGACUCCUCGGCCCCGGGGAGGAAGCGCGUCCUGCGGUGGGCUAGCUCCGGCGAGCCGUGACACGGAGACGCUAGCCCAGAGGGCGGUGAAGAGGGCCAAAGCCUCGACGGGCGGCGAGCCCCCAGCGAGCACUCCGCGCACGCCGGCGUUGGUGGUGAUUAGCCCGGACAACAGCCCUCGGCGCAGCCCCCGCUUCAUCCCCCAGUGUGAGUUCAUCAUUCACUCUCCAUCGACGGGCGGUGGGGUGCGUAUCCUCGGUGCUGACCUUGCCGGGUUUGCAGGAGGAGAGCGGCAACAGGAGGAGCCGCUGAGGGCGGCCCUUGACAUGCCGCCCCCGUCGACCAUGCCACCCAGAGGGGCGUCUCCGGCAAGGGCACCUACCGCUGAGCCCACGCGCACGGAGGAAGAGGAGGCGAGCUUGGAUGUUGGUGGCUCCGUCUCGGCAACGAACAUUGGCACGGAGGGAAACACUUCUAAUCAGUUCGGCACGGACCCUCCCUCAACGGAUCAAGAAGACAUCAACACUGUCAUCGAGGAGGUCGCCAAGGAUGCCGAAGCCGAGGCCACAAAGAUCGCGGCUGGGGAAGCCGCCAAGUCCGCUACCAAGGAGGCCGCCAAGGAGCCUGCCGGGGAGACCGGCGAGGCUGCUGCUGGGGAGGCCAGCAAGAAGCUCCAGGCGCUCCACCAUGCCCUCCAAGACAAGGUGAACUCCAGGAUGGCAGCUGUGGACAAGGCGGAAUCGGAUUUUCAGGAGCGUGUCGCUCAGACGCAAGUCUGGUUCGGCGAGGCCCGGGAGGAACUGAGGACUGCCCAGGGUGAGCUGGAUGAGCGCAAGCGAGAGCUCAUCCUGAAGCAGGCGCUUGCCGCCACGCUCCGCGGCAAGGACGAGGAAAUUGGGAAAAUCAUCGCGCACCGGACCCAGGAGCUGGAGCAGAAGCACAAGGACGCACUUGAUGCUCUAGCCCGGGACCAAGCCAGCAAGGUGGAGAAGCUGGAGCUGGAGAGGGAGGGGCUAAAGAAGGAGGUCUCAGAGCUGACGGAGGAGAGGGGCACGCCCAACUACACUCUGGCGGAUUUGCAGGUCGCCAUCUCCGACAAUACCAAGCUGCUCUCCGAGGCCAACGGCUCCAUUGAUGAUCUGAAGUUGAAACUGGACACCUUGGAAGGGACGCUUUCGGAGGUCAUGGCCCGCGAGGAGACCCUGAACAAGGCCCUUGAGGACGAGAGGCAGCUGCGGAAGGAUGACGCCGCUGCCUGA